CCCCCACCCUGAGCGCGGCACUGCCACCACUUCCGGGGCGGGAUCCAAAGAACCGGAAGUGAGCGACGCGCGCAAGAUGGCGACUCCCUAUGUGACGGACGAGACCGGGAAGUACAUCGCAUCGACGCAGCGCCCGGACGGGACGUGGCGGAAGCAGCGCCGGGUGCGGGAGGGCUACGUGCCGCAGGAGGAGGUGCCGGUAUACGAGAACAAAUAUGUCAAAUUCUUCCGGAGCAAACCCGAACUCCCGCCGGGAUUGAACCUGGAAGCAGCCACCGCGCCGCCCGGCACGCCGCCCGGCAAAGGGCCCGGCAAGGCGGAGGGCGGCGAGCCCGGACUGUCCAAAGCGGCGAAAAGGAACUUGAAACGCAAAGAAAAACGGAAGCAGCAGCAGGAGAAGAGCGAGAAAGGCGAGCGGGACGUGGACGGACUCAUCCCCGCGCUGGAGAAGGCUUCGCUGGGCGGCGGUGCCGCGGGGCUGCCGGGGGACAUGGGCAGCGCGCCGCAGCCGGCCUGCGGCACCGACGGUGAGAGCCAGGCUUCGGAGAAGAGCCGGAAAAUCAAGAACUUGAGGAAGAAGCUCCGGCAGGUGGAGGAGCUGCGGCAGCGCCUCGACGCCGGCGAGCUGAAGCAGCCCACGCGCGAGCAGCUCGAGAAGUUGGGGCGCAGGAAAGCGCUGGAGGACGAACUGCGGGAGCUCGAGCGCCAGCCGGACUCGUAAGGGUGGGCGGGGGGACCCCGUUCCCAGCACGGCACUCCCCCCUCCCCCCCAUCCUCCAUUCCUGGCGUGGGGAUCCCCAUUCCCGGCCUGGGACCCCCCAAUCCCAGCAUGGGACCCCGUUCCCGGUCUAGGACCCCAUUCCUGGCACGGGGACUCCGUUACCGGCGCAGGACCCCCCGUUCUCGGCACGGGAUCCCCCCCAAUUCCUGGCGUGGGGAUCCCAUUCCCGGCAUGGGACCUCCCCAUUCCUGGCGUGAAGAUCCCUGUUCCCAGUGGGGGACCCCCAAUCACAGCACGGGACCCCCCAGUUCCCAAUGGGGGACCCCAUUCCCGGCACGGGGGGUAACCGGGGAUUGGCGGUUUUGGGCCCCACCAGGGCAUUUCUCUCCAGGAUGGUUCUCCCAGGCCCGGGUGGGGGCACCUGGCUGCACCCCGCCCCCACGCUCCUGGUUUUAAUGGGAUUGGGGGGGGGAACAGCCCCCCUUGACACCCCCCCCCGACA